AUGAAACUAAGAAUACUUUAUUUUACAUUAAUAAUAAAUAUUGAGUAUUCAUUUGAGAAAAUGAAUCUGAACAAUUUCGAUAUAUUUUUGGAUUACAAUUCGAAUUUAAAUACAGAAAAAAUUAAUUUACGUCAAAGACUUCUUAAUCGAAAAAAACAAAAUCACGACCAAGAUAUAAAAAUUAAAUUAUUCGAUAAAAUUAAUUCUAAUAAAACCUUAUUUGUUGGUGGUAUACUUCAUUCCCGCGAUCAUAAUGGUCUUGAUUUAAAUAAAAAUGAAAUGGAAAAUGCGUUCAGAAACAUAUUAACGAUGAACGGUUCGAAGUUUAUCUUCAAGAGAGAUUUAUUCUGGAGAACAUGGCGGGUGGUUGAAACUGAAUUUGGAAAUCGUUCAAUAAUUUGUUACAAAUGCCAAGGUUUUUUAAAUGAAACUCGUGGUAAAUGCCGCAGUGGUGGAUAUUGGGUUAUUGAAGAAAAACCACUAAGGUGUCCUUACGAAAUACUUACAUUAAGAACAGAGCAGGAACUAUGCGUAGUUAAUAAUACACAAUAUUAUAAGCCAUUUGACGUUUGUCCAUCAGUAAUAACUUUGAGAGAUUUAAGAAUAUCUUGCGGGGAAUCUAUUGAAACAAUAUGGCGUAUCACAAAGACAUACAACGUUCCUGAACGUAGCACUGCUGUCAUCUGUCAAGGGCGGGAAAGUUGUGAAAUUUCAACUCUGUAUUCGGCUGUAUUCGCAAUGUUCUUUGCGAAUAAUUGCGUGACUUCGAAUCCGGCUAGCUUUGGACUCCGAGAUAUUGAUAAAAUAAUUAACAAGACUGUUGAAACGCCGAUGUCUAACUUUGGGAAAGCUUUGUUCGGCAAAAUGUGAACUCUUCGACGAUAGAUUUCAACAGAAGAUAAAACAACGCUGCAGGCACAAUGGACGAUUUUAAUAUUUUCAAUAUGUAACUUAAAUAUGAUGUUUAUAAAGUAAAUAAAAUUUGCA